AAAAGCGAAACUCCGAAAAUUCCACUCUAAAAGUCACAAAAUAUAAACACACAAGACAAGAAGAAUGUUUUGAUUCUGUUUUAUCUUAGAUAUUAUUCGCUGUGACAUUUUUAUCACAGUAGACAUGGAUAUAUUUUCUGACAAACAUACACAGAAUAAUAGAACUGGCGAUUUGUAAUCAAUCAUUCGAUUCAGUUCCAAAUCAAAUCCAGUACGAGUACGUAGAUCAAGUGGAGAGGGUAACAACGCAUUAUGACCUACUCUCAACAAAUGGAAGAGAAAUUAGUGAAAACCGAACGAAGACUAAGACUAAAAGGAUCACAAGGCAAGAAUCUACGUGUUGUAAGAGAAUUGUACCUUAGAGAUGAUGUACCAUGUCAGAGUGACCGAUGUUUGGCAAACUGUGAAAAUAACAUUGGUAUGCAUGGUACCAUAGGAAGAUUAUCAAAUGAGUCAACACAUUAUAUAAUACCUGAUUGUCAAGUUGCUAGAGACUAUUUAGAAAUACUUGAGACACCUGAUAUAAAAGGGAUUGUUUUUACACAAACAGCUGUUCAUAGUGUACAACAUGAAGGCAGUAAAAGAUUACACACCCGUUUACAGAAUCUGAUAAAAGAUGGUAGAAAAAGAUCAGUUAUGUUCCACAAUGAAUUUCAAAGAUAUGCUUACUGUGAACGAUUACCUGGGGAAAACCUUGUUCAGUGGCAAAGCAGAAGUACAUAUAAAGCCUGUGAAUGGUAUUAUGAUCAUUUAGCUGGUCAAAUUCCUAUGGUGAUGUUGACCCAUAAUGAAGAGGCCAUUCAAUUAUAUUCUGAUAAGAAAGUAAAUGUGUUUGUGAUGACAGUAAAAGAUUAUUUGACUGGAUUCUGGGAACAGUUAGAGGGAAUUAUGGAUUUGUAUGAAUCUUUAACAACAGCUUUAGAAAAUAAAUCAAAAGAUCGUGAUUAUAGUGGAUAUUUACCACUUGAUGUAUUAGAAGCUGGUAUUAAAUCUGGAAGAUACAUACAGGGCAUAUUAGAAGUUAACAGACACAAUGCAUCUACAGAGGCUUUUGUAAGAAGAUCAGGAAGACUGAAAAAAGUUGAUAGUGUAGACGAUAUAUUUAUACAUGGUAUGGUAUCUAGAAAUAGAUCAAUACAUGGGGAUAGAGUUGUUGUAGAAAUUUUACCUCAAUCACAGUGGAAGGGAAGAUCUUUAGCCAUAAGCCCAGCUGAAAGUGAAGAUAAAUCAUCUGCUGAUGAUAAAGAAUCAGAUAGUGUUGUACCAACAGGUAUUAUAGUAGGUAUAUUACAGAGAAACUGGAGAGAUUAUGUGGCUACAUUUUCACCUGAUGAGGUAAUCAUCAUACUACCAUACUUCUAA